AUGCGAUCGUUGAGUAGCUCAGUUGAGACUUCUACCAAGACCGGAGCGACUUUGGCUGCGUUGUUUAUGGUGGCAUUGUGUAAUCGCGAGAUUAACCUAGCACGAGUCUGGAGUUCACUGAAGUACAAGAUUUCCCCCAAAGAUUAUUUCCAAUGCCCCGAGCUUGCUCAUUUAGUGUUUGACGGUUUAAGUAUAAUGUCAAGCCAUGCACGCGGGGUAACGAUUAAGUUGCCGAGUUCGUCGAAGUUGGUGAAGGAAGAGAAUGCAAAAAAGCCGGGAAAGAUUUACCGUAACAAAUCGUGGCCUACUUUCUAUUCCAUAGUGGCUCGCAAUAUUCUUUCGAGCACGUACCUGCAAAAUGAGCUUGCGGGCGUUAUUCGUGACUUCCUGCUUGCGCUUCAAAACAUCGAAAUUCAUGAUACCGAGGCUGACGUCGAACAACAAAAGGCGGCCAGAGUGGACUGGCUGCAUCGAUGUAACCAACUUAUGACCACACUACCCCCGACAGUGGACCUCAGAUGGGUCUACACCAACUACCCGGAAAGAAACGACAUGAAAACUGUGGACGCGCUAGUAGCCGCUUAUAACAAGGAGUACGAGACCCAAGCGUUUCCCGAGCGCCACAUAUGGAAAUUUCCAACAUACCGGGAAAUUCCUGCCCGGGAAAGUUCGGAGUUUCGCGUGCUGGGCCUCUGUUGA